AUGUGGUUUAUUGCAGUUGCUUCCUUGGUCUUCAAACCUGCACUUGCAGAGAUUUGCGGCGAUGGUCUUCUAAACGAGUUGCGGGCUCGUCUUGGUGGAGCCGAAAAUGCCAUUGGUGAUGUUCUUGGCAUGCCGUCUCCAAUCAAUGCACCAUUUGCGACAGAGCACAUUAAGCCGCUUGCGGUGGUUGCACCGAAAAGUGCUGGAGAGAUAGCUUCGAUUCUAGGCCUGGCUGCCGAGUGUAACAUACCAGUUGCUGUAAGGUCAAAUCAUGGCCACUCGUAUAUCGGCCAGAGCACAGUUCAAGAUGGCAUCGUCGUACAUAUGGCAUCCUUCCAGGAUGUUCAAAUUGAGCAUAUUGACGGAGAGUGGAUUGCAUCAGUCGGUGGAGGCGUCAACCACGGGCACUUGUAUGACACUCUUUCGGAGCACACGCCUCCCCUGACUGUCCCUGCAGGAGCUUGUAGGUCUGUGGGCUUAAGCGGUCUCAUUCAGGGCGGAGGCUACGGCCUCCUCGCGGUGAACCAUGGUCUGACCUGUGACAGGGUGGUUUCUGCAGACGUGGUCGUGUGGCAGCCCGGGUCUGGCGAGUCUCUUGUAACUGGUUUAAAUCGUUCUGGCCAGGGCCAGUAUUCGCUGGUGCACGCAACUGAGCGUAACGAGCACGCUGAGUUGCUUUUUGCAUUAAGAGGAGGCCUUGGAGGAAACUACGGGGUAGUCACCCGAUGGCAGCUGAGAGCUGUCGCAAAGCCUUCGAACGUCACUCAGCUCAGCAUAUGGUUUCCGGCCUCGCUUCCGGGUCCAAUGAUCAAGGUCAUGAAGUGGCUUCGUCAAAAUGAUGCGUCUGGCGGCACGCCUCUCUGGGCACAGUUCUGGUUCCCCCGAAAUGCCAAAGGAGCCCAACUCAGAGUCAUGUGCCAUUGCUGGGGAUCGUGCGAGCCAUGCGUUCUCCCUUUGAGCGUGCUGAGAAGCUUUCAUGUUUCAUCCACGUCAGAUCGUGAAAGCGUUAGCAGCAUCAGCGUCCUUGAUUUUGACCCUUUCCGAAGCAGCGAAGCCUGGAGUUCGACUUUUUCGGUUACGCAGGGCCGCCCUGACAUGCGCGUCUUUUCUAUGUAUUUCGACGACGCUACGCUUCUGAAGGACGAGGGAAUUGCCGUUCUGUUCUCUGCCAUGCAGAACGCGUCGCACGCAGGGAUUUCGGAGCUCUUUAUGCAGCUCGACUUUCACGCUGGUGCCAUGACCCGAAAGCACAACACCGCCUUCGGGCACAGAGAGCCCGGAUGGUUCAAUCAGGUCUAUGCCACAGGCACGGGGGUGGGCCCGAGCCGCUGGUCAAAACGUGCUUGGAGCACGUUGUUGCCAUUUGCACGUGCAACCACAGGGACGGAGAUCAUGGGCUACGGGAACUACAUCGAUUCUGACAAGAGGGAGUCGCCGAGAGGGUUCUUUGCAUCCGACGCUGAUUACGCCAGGGUGCAGAACGCCAAAUGUGCAUACAAUCCACAAGAGGUUUUCAAGAUCCCGCGUCUUGCCCACAUGCAAGUACCACUUCCUGCAACAUGCCAUGCUACAAGAGCAUUGCUCCCUUGA